CACCGCCCCCGCCCUAAGGCCCGGAUCGGCCAGGAGUCCGCGGUUGACUCACUUGGCCGCGCGCCGGCAGUGCCUUUGAAAGGCGGCGGGAGGCGGCGAGCGCGAUGGCGAGCUUGGGUCUUCUGCUGAGCGUGCUGAGCCUAGUCCUGUGCGGGACGGCGAGCCUUGGGCUGUCCGCUCCUCCCGCCCCCACCUCCAAGAAGCCCAUCAUCGGAAUAUUAAUGCAAAGGUGCCAUAGUGAGAACAUGAAAAUCCUGGGAAAAUACUAUAUUGCUGCAUCCUAUGUAAAGUAUCUGGAGUCCGCAGGUGCGAGAGUUGUACCCAUAAGGCUUGAUCUUAAAGAUGAAGAGUAUGAAAAGCUUUUCAAAUCUAUUAAUGGAAUCCUUUUCCCUGGAGGAGGUGUUAACCUCAUGAAGUCAGGUUACGCCCACGUGGCCAAAAUAUUUUACAAGUUGGCCAUACAGGGUUUUGGUAAUGGAGACUAUUUUCCCACGUGGGGGACCUGCCUUGGAUUUGAAGAGCUUACGUAUCUGGUCAGUGGGGAGAGCUUAUUAACCCUCACAGAUACUGUUGGAAUUAAAAUGCCCCUGAACUUCACUAGAGGUCCGUUGCAGAGCAGAAUGUUCCAGAAUUUUCCUGCUGACUUGUUGCUGUCGUUAGCAGUAGAACCUCUGACUGCAAAUUUCCACAAGUGGAGCCUCUCUGUGAAGAAUUUUACAAUGAAUGAAAAGUUAAAGGCGUUUUUCAAUAUAUUAACUACAAAUACAGAUGGCUAUACUGAGUUUAUUUCAACAAUGGAAGGAUACCAGUAUCCAGUAUAUGGUGUCCAGUGGCAUCCAGAGAAAGCUCCUUAUGAGUGGGGAAAAUUAAAAGGCAUUUCCCAUGCGCCUAAUGCUGUGAGGGCUGCAUUUUAUUUAGCAGAGUUCUUUGUGGCUGAAGCUAGGAAAAACAAUCACCAUUUUGAAUCCGAUGUUGAAGAGGGCAAAGCACUAAUUUAUCAGUACCGUCCAGUUUAUACUGGGAACAUUUCUUCGUUUCAGCAAAGUUAUAUAUUUGAUUGAAAGCCUUCAAUGUGUUAACAGAGAAAUUUUGAUUAACUCCAUGAUUAAACUGUUGUAAUAACUUGCUACUCAUGACGAUAAUAGAAGGCCACAGAGAUUCCUUUUCUAUGAUGUUACUGGCUCUGAUUCUUCAUUCAGUAUAUUUGACUAUUUAUAUCACAUUUGAUAAUCAGUCAGUGAGACAGAUACAUAAUCUGAGUGUUUUUCAUGGAAAAGCUUUCUUUUAUCUGAAGAUUAGAAAAAAAUAAAUUUAUUGAAAAUACA